AUGACUUCUAGCAGGGUGACGGUGAGCGCUCCCCGCUCGGCCAGCGAGGCCCCCGAGGUUCCAGACAACGUGGGUGACUGGCUCCACGGUGUGUACCGCUUCGCCACGGAUAGGAACGACUUCCGGAGGAACUUGGUCCUCAAUUUGGGACUGUUUGCUGCGGGAGUUUGGCUGGCCAGGAACUUGAGUGACAUUGAUUUGAUGGCACCUCAGCCAGGGGUGUAGCCAAAUAAUGGAAAUCCUGUGUACUCAAACUUCCCAAAGACAGCUUACUGUCUGUGACCAC